GAACUUUUCCGGCUUUUCAUUGGUUGGCUCUGCUGUCAAUCUCUGCGCUUCCGGCUUUACGGUCGGGUUUGUGAUGGGAGUUCGACUUCUUCUAGCUUGAAGUGAACGGCACGAAAUAUGUCAGCGGUCCAUGACCUAAGAAGGAAAGGACGCCCCCCCAAAACAUACUUGCUAUUGACCGACCUGAAUGCCAGUAGCUUUUCGGAAGGUACCACCCUGCUGCCGCGGGGGUCCAUGUGCUCGGAGAAGCAAACGAGUAGGAACACAGCCGAGCUUGUAAACGUCAAGGUAGCAAUGCUGGAACAUGACAUCAGUCUACAAUUGGAAAGAAAACUUCUGCUUGAAGUCCCAAUGGACUGCGUUGGGCUGUUGGAACCUGUGGAACCAGAGACACGCCUUGAACUGCUAGACGAUCCUGAGAAGCUUCUCGACUUGGCCGGCCUGCCCGCUGGGACGCCCUUAUGGGUCCGGUUGGGCCAAGCGGACAAGCUCGCCGAAGCUGAACUCAAAUACGUCGGGCCGCUGACCCCGGGGACCAGUUCUCAGUUUUUCGGGGUGCAACUCAAGGGCUCUGCGGCGGGCAAAGGGAAGGGCACCGGCAACGGUCUGUUCACCUGCCCUGACGGCUCCGCCGUCUUUGUCCCGGUCAGCCACGUCGCGCUCAGACGCUGGUCCAGCAGCGACGAGCCCAACAGCCGAGAAAGGGAGCGCCCUCCCCGCCGCAGCGUCGCCCGCCGUCACACCAGCCAAAGUAACCCCGGGCGACACAUCCAUCCGCCGUUACCCGCCCUCCCCGCUCAAGCUCAGUCUUGGGACGGAUCGGCCGAGCCGGCGUCGAGCGGGACUCAGCACCCGCUUCGAGGCCCUGCGCCGCCCCUGCCGUUCGGCGUGGGCCAGCGGGUGAGCGUCUCCCUGGACGGCUCGCCCGUCAGCGGGGAGGUUCGCUUCUGUGGUCCGCUUCCCCGUCACGACUCAUCUUUGACAUACGUCGGCAUCUUGCUGGACACUCCUACGGGGAACUGGGACGGAUAUUAUAGCGGAGAGAAGAUCUGCCAAAUUCCUUCUGCGCUGUAUGGAAAACUGUUGCCUGCUUCGAAGGUCUCGCCAGGUCGAGGAACACUUUUGAAAUACUUUCAAAUGGGAUUUCCGAUUAGAUCAAUUAUGGAAAUUAUGAUAUUGCAAUUAUUCUUGUUGUUCACUGCAGAGCCCCAUCAUCACGCCAUCCCUCCCCCCCAAGUUCUCAAAUCCAACACGAAGCCAACACCGCCCGCCGCCAAGCCGGCCCCCACCUCGCCGCCCACCUCUGCCCCCAAAGUGGCCCUGUUGCCACCUCCCAAAAAACCGUUCAAACCAAUUCCCCCAAUACCACCGCCGAAGUUGCUCCACGAUCCCCUGCCUCCGCCCCCUCCGCCGCCUCCCAAACCCAGCGACCUGACGGUGGCGGCGGCGCUGGCGCAGCGCACCAACGGCGCACACCGCCCGCCGUCGCCGCCCGCGUCCCCGGACGUGGACCGGGCCGCGGCCGCGCUCAACGGAGAAGCCCUGGAGGUGGGGUCCAUGGUGGAAGUGAACGACCCGCCCUUUUACGGUGUGAUCCGCUGGAUUGGACACAUCGAUGGGAUUUUGGAGGAGGUGGCGGGCAUCGAGCUGGAGGAGGAAGUGCCGGCGGGCACCGACGGGUGCUACCUCGGCGAGCGCCACUUCCGCUGCCCGCCCAACAAGGGGCUCUUCGUCAAGCUGUGCAAUUGCCGACGAGAUUCCAGAUUCCCCGCUCCCGAGGCCCGCGUCAAUCAAGUGGAGCGCUGCAACUCCAUAGCUUUUGCCGAGUGGGGCAGUGAGCACGUGGAGGACGACACCCUUCCUGCGGAUGGCGACGAGGCCAAAGAACUGUACCAGGGCUGGAAGAAAGGCAUCCAGGGUCACCUCAACUCCUGCUACCUGGACGCCACGCUGUUCAGCCUCUUCUCCUGCUGCAGCUCGGCAGACUGGCUUCUGUUUUGCCCCGCGGUCGACGCGCAAGCCGGCCGAAGCUCGACGCGAGCUCAGGACCUGCUGCGCUGCGAGAUCGUCAACCCCCUGCGCAGGUACGGCUAUGUUUGCGCUAGCAAGACCAUGGCCUUGAGGCGAAUGCUGGAGGAAGCCAACGCCGACGCAGGCUUCACCAACCAGGAGAAAGAUCCGGAGGAGUUCCUCAACAAGCUCUUCCUGCUCCUCCGUGUCGAGCCACUCCUCAAGAUCAGAUCGGUGACUCAAAAGCCGCAGGAAUGUCACCUCUACCAGCUCUUCCCGCCUCACGUCCCUCGCUCGCCCUCCCCCUCAGAGUCCGUUUUGUUGCCCUCGCCGCUUUUCACCCCGAUGCGGGUGGCCAGCGUCCAGACCUUGCUGGAGUCCUCCUUCCUCCACGCCGGACUCAAGUUAGCGGAGGGUCCAUCCUGCUUCCUGUUGCUCAUGCCUCGCUUUGGGAAGGACUUCAAGAUGUUUGACGUCAUCUUGCCCACCCUCAGCCUGGACAUCACGGACCUGCUGGAUGACACUUUGCGGCAGUGCAGCGUCUGCGAGGCUUUGGCCCGGUGGGAGUGCGCCGAGUGUUACGAAGACCGAGACAUCACACCGGGACACCUCAAGCAGUACUGUCACACGUGCAACGCUCAGGUUCACAGUCACAAGAGGCGAACGUCGCACUGCCCGUUGAAGAUCGGCGUCCCCGAGGGGGUGUUUAGCGGCCCCCUCAACCCCGCCCGCCGGGAGAUGCUUCUGUUUGCGGUGACGUGCAUCGAGACCAGCCAUUACGUCAGCUUCGUCAAACACGGGCCUCUGCCCUCCGACUGGCUCUUCUUUGACAGCAUGGCAGACCGCGAAGGCGGCGAGAACGGCUUCAACGUCCCCCUGGUGAGGCCGUGUCCCGAGGUGGGCUGCUACCUCAGCUUGUCAGAGGAGGAGCUGAGCAGAGUCGACCCCGCGUCCCUUCCGGAGCGCGCUCGCCGGCUGCUGUGUGACUCUUACAUGUGCUUUUACCACAGCCCUGAGCUCAGCCUGUACAAGUGACGCUCGAUAUGUCUCGGAAUUAUGAUGUCAUACACCUCUCGAGCCUCUCCUCUCCUCUCUCGGCGACGACGACGUGGUUACCUGUUACGGUUGAAUUUGCACUGCCAUUUUAUGUGUGAUGACACGUUUAAAUGUUUGCACUAAGAUAGUCAUGAUGUCCAACCUUUGAUUCUCUGAACUGGCGGGAAAUGAAACGGGAUGAAUAGCAUAAUAAAAUCC